AUGCCGCCAUUUCUUUCUUUCUUCCUUUCUUUCUUUCUUUCUUUCUUUCUUUUGUUUCUCCUUAUAAUUUUCCUUUCUUUCUUAUGCCGCCAUUUCUUUCUUUCUUCCUUUCUUUCUUUCUUUCUUUCUUUCUUUCUUUUGUUUCUCCUUAUAAUUUUCCUUUCUUUCUUAUGCCGUCAUUUCUUUUUUUUUUUUCUUUUCUUUCUUUCUUUCUUUCUUUCUUUCUUUCUUUCUUUCUUUCUUUCUUUCUUUCUUUCUUAUCCUUCAUUGCGCCUCUCUUUUGCUUCAAGUUCGUUCGUUCGUUUUUUCUUUCUUUCUUUCUUUCUUUCUUUCUUUCUUUCUUUCUUUCUUUCUUUCUUUGUGCAUUUCCUUUACCUAGUUUUAACUUUUCUUUAUUCCCCUUCCACUUCUUUCUUUCUUUCUUUCUUUCUUUCUUUCUUUCUUUCUGGUGAUUUUAUUAUAGAGUUUUCCUUUCUUUCUUCCAUCUUCCACUUUUUCAAAUUCUUUCUUUACCCCUCCCAUAUUCUUUCUGUCUUUCUGUUUUUAUCCAUUUCUUUUUCAUAUCCUCCUUUAUUCCUCUUUUCUUUCUUUCUUUCUUUCUUUCUUUGUCUAUUUCAUUUUCUUGCCCGCCUUAAUUCCUCGCCUUUCUUUCUUUCUUUCUUUCUUUCUUUCUUUCUUUCUUUCUUUCUUUCUUUCUUUCUUAUUAACCUCGCUUUCUUCUUCUCCCUUUUUUUCAUCUUAUAUUCAAUUUCUGACUUUCUUUUAUUUUUCAUUCCUUCACAUAAUUUUUCUUUCUUUUUCCUUCCUUUUCUUAUAUUUUUUUACAUUUUUUUUUCUUUUUUUAUUAUUUUCAUUCUAAUCUUCAUUCUUUUUUAUUUCGAUCUUUUCUUUUUUUUUUUUCUCUCCAAUUUCAUUUUCUUUCUUUUUCACCACAUCCAUUUUUAUUUCUUUUUUUUAUUUUUUUCAUUUGACAUUGUUUCUUCUUUCAUUUCAUUCUAUCAUCAUUCCUUCUUUUUGGCUAUCUAUCUAUCUAUCUAUCUAUCUAUCUAUCUAUCUCAGUCUGUUUAUAUCUAUCUAUCUAUCUAUCUACCUAUCUAUCUAUCUAUCUUAUUUUGCUCAUUUCUACGAGGAUUGCUACUUUCAAAAUUGUUUGUUCUUGUAUGUUUCUGUUUUUUUUCUUUCUAUCUUAAUAUAAUUUUUAUUUCUCGCAUUCAUCUAUCUAUCUAUCUAUCUAUCUAUCUAUCUAUCUAUCUAUCUAUCUUGCUAAAGGAUGAUACACUGUAUUUCCCGUUCAUGUGCGGUAUUACUAAACGUGUAUCAUGUGCGUUAACAUGUACUUUUUGUUUUUUAUUCCUUUUACUAUGA